AUGAAGACUCACAACUAUGAGGUUCACCAUAUGCAUAAUGUGUACUAUCCAUUUGCAGACAGGGAGGAAUGGAAGUUAGCCAAAUUUCUUAGUGACAAUCUUAACCAAGGUCAAAUAACUCAGUUUUUGAAGCUAUUGUGGAAAUGCAGAAACCACUGGCAUAUACAGUCCGCCCAACAAAUGUUCACUUUCAUGGAUGCCUUGCCAAAGGGACCAAAGUGGCGCUGUAUGACUAUCCAUACUGAAGCUUUGGAGGUGAUGCAGCAUAUCUUUGGUAACUCCAUAUUUGCCAACAAUGUGGAGUUUGAUCCAUAUGAGAUCAAGGUCAACAGAGAACGAGAGUACAGUGAAUGGAUGUCCUGCUCACGGGCUCACAAGAUCCAGGACCAACUUCCACCAGGUGCUACUAUUGUACCAAUCGUUCUCGCUUCUGAGAAAACCCCCAUCACUCACCAAUCAGGUGCACUUGAGAUGCACCCAAUGUUCCUUACCACAGCUAACAUUCGAUCAGAUAUCCGCAUUAAAGCCACUAUGCACGCAUGGUCAUGCAUUGCUUAUAUGCCUAUCCCGCAAUUUGUUUGCCAUCCGGACUUCUGCUCACUUUUGCAAGCCCGUGUCUGGCACUGGUGUGUAGAUAUCAUGUGUGAAAACCUGAAAAUCGCCGCUGCGACUGGCACAAGCAUGGUGGACCUGUCCAGUCACUUACGCUAUGCAUUCACUCCCCUCGUUGCAUACACUGCCAACCUCCCCAAACAGCAGAUGAUUGCAUGUCUUUGCCAAUGUGUGGAUCCUUGGAAAGUCCAACAGUUCCAAGAGGAAGCCAAAGCACUUUACCUUAGUGGUUGGUGCAAGGAGGUUCUCGGGGCGGAUGAGCUCGAUUCCCGCUUUCGUAGACAGCACAAGAGCAUUGGAACUCGCCACUUUGCCCAAGGUGUCUCACAUGUCCAGCAAAUGACCGGGCGGGAGCAUCGCAAUAUUCAGCGCACAAUUGUUGCCACAAUUGCGGGUGUUGCUGAUCCAGGUUUUACUCAGGCAAUUUGUGCACUUAUCAAUUUUAUCUAUCAAGCUCAAUCACCAACUUUCACACCAUCGUCGAUUACUGCUAUGACUUCCUCGCUCGCAGAAUUUCAUCACCUCAAAGGAGCAAUCAUCAAUGCUGAGGCUUGCAGGGGGACCACUGGUCCUAUCGAGCACUUUGACAUACCCAAACUUGAGCUCCUCUCUUCAUUUGCUCGAGUUAUUCCUAACAUCGGCGCCCCAAUCCAAUUUACAACCAAGACCAGUGAACGCAUGCUGAUCACGCAUUGUAAAAGUCCUUUUGUGUGCACUAGUCACCAGCGUGCAAGCUUUACACAGCAAAUUGUCCGCUUUUUGGAUCGGGAAGACACAGCACGCCAGUUUGACCUCUACGCUCUCCUCCAUUCAAAAACCUUAUCCCUCAACAAUUUAAUCGACAAUGAAUUUGAGGAAGUCGUUGACAUUGACCCGGCGUUCAGUUGGAUCGCACGUGUCACUCCUGAGGACAUCACUCGUUUUCACGGCCCUCAUCCCAUUCGUAAUUACUUCCUCAAGGGCCUUCUUUCUGAAGAUAGUACUGUCGCAUUCCAUGUCACCGUCUCUAGCGAUCUGGCCGACAAGUCACCUAACCUUUUGGCACAGUUAUAUCAGCUUCCAAGCUUUCCUGACCAGCUCCGCUCCUUUAUCGAGCAUGUCAAUGGGCCUGGGCCCCACUUCCAGACCUGUCUCCUCAAAGUCUGGAACAAAUUCUGUCUGCAGUUACAUUCGGACUUGCGCCCAUGUCUUGUGAUGCCAAGUCAGCAAGUUCAAGCAUAUCCACCAUCUCAAGCUUACCCCCUCGGCAAUUGUGAUGUUGUACUCUUGCGGACACAGAAUGAUGAUCAAGUUGUAGUUGGGCAAGUUCAAAUGGUCUUUGGCUUGUCAACGAGGGGCUCCACGCUGCCUCCCGAACUGGCUGAACCACUUCUUUACAUCCAACUCUUUGAAGUAAUCUCGCGUCCACAGGAUGAUCCUGUGGUCAUGAUGUACCGUGUCAGGAGACGGUUUAAGACUAGGCCUGAUGGCACACAGGCGAGGCUUGGAAUCAUUGUGCCUCUUGUCGAUGUUACUCAUGCGAUUGAAUUGAUCCCUGAAUAUGGUGAAAGAGUUAAUUGUGAUGUUACUUCCGCAACGUCCUUGGAGCUUUAUGAUACUUUUUAUCUCAACAGUUUUUCAGACAAGGAAUGGUACCAUUCAUUGCACACAGAUUUCUGGUAG